CAGUCGGUUGGUUGGUUGGUUUCGGUGGUUUCGGUGGGUCCGGUGGAAUCGUCGCGUUCGUACCGCCAAAAGAAAAGAGAAUAAAGACCGUAGUACCGCAGUAAUACCGGGUCUCCAAAUCCGAAAAGCCGUAGCCGUGUAUAGUCACCAGCGUUUCGGCGCUAGACAAUCGCGAGAAUUGCUGCAGCCUAGAAGGAAAACAAAAUAAUGUGUCGCACAAGAUCGCUGCGUGUCGCGCUCAAUUAAAUACACAUACUUAUUUUUAUUUCCCCCUAGUCUUUAUUUUUAUUUUAUUUUUUUCAUUUUUUUUUUCUUUGCACCACACAUCGCUGUUAUUUAUAUUUAAUUGUUUAAUAACAACAGCAGCAACAGCAAAGUAAAGUGCGAAAAGUGAAGUGGAGUUUGCCGACGAGUGAGUGCGAGUGAUGAUCGCGAGUGCGCACAAAAAAAAUUGGAGCAGGUUCCAGAGAUAUUCCAUCUACAGUUCUGGUGUUCCUAGGUUCCAGAGUUUCGGUCUGGGUGGCUUUGGCGAUCCCUUGUUAAAGGAGCACGUACAAUUGCCAGUCCCUGUUCGCGGAUCAGGGUCCACCACCUGUCGUUAAUUAAAUGUCAACACAUCCGAGGGGAGGGGAGCAGGAAGAUCCAGCCGAAGAGUCCGAGGAGCCAAAUGAAUUGGAUUCGAAACUGGAGACCGAGUAUCCAGUAUUUAACCCAAACGAAAUUGUGCAAAAUGUUUGCCCGACUGUCACAUAAAUCAUAAGAAUCAUCAUCAUCAGAACAAGACCGAAGAAACCUUGAGGAGAAGGAGAUAUAUCUGGAUAAGCGAAAGAAAUCUCAACGAAAAAUAAGGAAAAUGGUUAAUGCGGUGAUGGAUGCCAUAGCGCUGCUCAGCUCGCUGGCCAGCGAUUUGGACAUAAUGCUAAACGAUCUUCGUUCGGCGCCGAGUCAUGCAGCAACAUCAGCAACAACAGCAACAGCAGCAGCAGCAGCAACAAACCAACAGCAACAUCAACAGCAACAGCAACAUCAUCUCCAUAAUCAGCAGCAAAUGCAAUCAAGGCAAUUGCAGGCACAUCAUUGGCAGAGCAUUAACAACAAUAAGAAUAACAACAUCAGUAACAAUAACAACAAUAAUAAUAUUUAUAAUAAUAAUAACAAUAAUUUGCCACACCCACCUUGCCUGAUCGACAUCAAACUGAAGUCAAGCCGAUCGGCAGCAACCACAUUAACCAGCACUGCAACAACAACACUAACAGCAACCUCCAAUCAGCUGCAACAGCAACAACAGCAACAACAACGACGUCGUGUGGCCCCCAAACCAUUGCCACGCCCCCCGCGACGUAGCCGCCCAUCGGGGCAAAAGGAGGCGGGGCCGGCGGAUGAGGAGGAUGGUGAUACGGAUGCCAGCGACCUGGCCAACAUGACAUCACCGCUGAGCGCCACUGCAGCGGCCACUCGAAUUACCGGCCUCUCGCCGGAAGUGAAAAAGGUUCAGCGGCUGCCCCUGUGGCACGGCCGAAAUGCCGGAAACGGAAGCACCACCCACACCCACACCCACUGCCACCCAACGAACGCCUCCGUGCAACGCCGCCUGCCAAUCCAAGGUCAUCAGCAGCGAAUUCUGACCCAUCGAGUCCAUCAUCAUCGACCUCAGCAUGGCAGGAUGUCGCACGAAACAGCAGUUCCAGGAGGAGGAGGAGGAGGAGGAGGAGCCGUGUCCACGGUGGUGUCCUGUGUGGAUAACUCGUCGUCGAAGGUGGAGGUCAUCGUGUACACCACCAAGUCGGAUAAGACGCUCAAACAGAAUAUGAAUGCCAAGGAUGAUACGCUGCGAAAGCGUACAUCCUUGAUCAUAGUGCCCCAACAGGUGGUGGACGUGGAUGUGGAUUUGGAGACCAAGGUGGAUCAGACAAAGGCCAGGGAGAAUGGGAAUGGUAAUCUCAAUCGCAACUCCACGGCCAGCAUGGAUAGCUGUGUCUCGAAUACCACCAGUCAGAGCAACCAGUCGUCGAGUGGAAGCCACAGUGGCUCCUCCUCCUCGACGACCAGCAGUGGCAGUAGCAGUGGCUCCGACGAUGCCCACGCCGCCUACCAGGAUCUGCAGAAUGGCAAUGCUGGCGAGGAUCACUUAGAUCAUCACCAUUCACCAUCGCCGGUGUCCAGGUGCCAUUCGUCUAGCUCCUCUUCCUCCGUCUCGGAGACCACAUCGUGCUCCAGUUCGGCGGAUUAUUCGCUGCGGGAGCAGCUCAAGAACUUUGCCAAUCGAAAUGUGGAGGAUCCUAAGAUUUUGAGAUCCUCUGGAGGAGCAGGAGGAGGAGGAGGUGGAGGAGGAGCAGGGGUGGCUGAACCCACCGUUCGCCUGCUCAAGGGCAUGAGUCUGCCAGUCGGCGAUCAGCAGUCGACGGUAACCCCUGCCCUCUGCGAUUCCCUACUCAGUCCCCAGGAGGUUCCCCUGGGACGACGCUACGCCGAGGUGGCCCAGUUCAAAGGUCACCCCAAGGCCAGGACAAGUGAGCCACUUCCGUCUGUCGGAGCCACGCCCUCCUCGUUGGAGGCGGCCUCUGUGGAUGCCAGUAACAAUAUCAACAACAAUCACAAUGGGCAACAGUCACAAAAAUCUCAGCAACAGGCGAGUCUCAGCGCCAUCAGCAGCAAACUGAAUAACCUGGCCCAGUCCAAUCUGAAUAACAAUAAUACGAGCACUCAGUCAGGAUCCAUGACAUCAGCCUCGAAUCACAUUCAAAAUGUGAAACAGAACCAAAAUCAAAAUCAAAACACAGACAGCCGACGCAGUAGCAGCGUGGAUCCGGAUGGGGAUGUGGAUGAUGUAGUGGAUGCAGUCCAUGGCGGCGCUUUCGAGGAUGACAUGCAGGCCCUAUUGCCCAAAUGUUCGCGUCGCUCCCGGGAUGAGCUCAGUCAGUCGCGCACAUCUCUGGUGUCCAGUUCGGAGGGCGGCAUCCUGGCCGAGGGUGAGACGUCCAGCGAGGACGACGAGGAGGAGCCCGUGGAGGCGGAGGACGAGGAUGAGGGCGAGGAGAGCAGCCGGGACUCCAGCGACAAUUCGCCGCCCUGCGAUCUGGGGCUCAUGGAGCGCCUGCUGGUCACCCAUCCGAUGUGGUUCCUGCCCGGCAUCCAACGAUCCGGGGCCGUCCAUCUGCUCCAGGGCAAGGAGGAGGGGACCUUUAUAGUUCGCGGUUCUAGCCAGCCGAAUACGAUGGCUGUUUCGGUGAGACUGCCCCAGGAUACGGGACCCUAUAUCGAGCAUUAUCUCAUCCAGUCGCACGAUAAUGUUUUGAGUUUGGAGAGCUCGAGGUUUACGUUCGGCUCGAUACCCUCGCUGAUUGCCCACUAUGCCCAGUGUUGCGAUGAGUUGCCGGUGCAGCUGAUGUUGCCACGAGUUUUGCGGGAGGCGAACAACCGGAAGAAGCUGAGCUCCUUGGCCUUGCUGGGCCAGGAGUUCUGGAGCUAUGCCAGCAGUCCGGCCCUCUUGGGUCCGCCCACGCCAACGGUGGCCCCAUUGAGGGAUCAGCACCUGCUGGACGCCAAAUCGCCGCUAUCGCUGACCGAAACCAGUGGCCUUGGAACGGCCACCUUCUUCAGCGAUGCCCUGGCCAAGCCACCGCCCACUGGAGCCCCACCCAUUCCGGGCAGCAGUCUCUUUAGUCCCACCGGUAGUGGCCAAUUGCUUGGCUUCUUUAGCCAGGCGGGAACUCCGUCGGACACCACGAACUCGAGCCUCAGCUCCUUCACCACCAGCGGAGGUCAGCAUUUGCAGCUUCUGAGUCCGAAUUCAGUGGAUUCGGUAAUUCUGACCAUGUCACCGGUGGAUAAUCCAGGGCAUUAUAUGCCCGGCUCAGCGGGGGCUCCUUUGGCACCCCAGCCCCUGUGCCCCUCACUGGUUGACCAGCAACAGUUGAGCACCUUCAAGGUGGCCCAAACGGCACCGGAAUUGGCGGAUCAAGUGCGUCCACAGCGACCAAAGCCGCCGAAUACAUUGAAUCUCAAGCCACCGGCACCACCAUUGCGCUGGUCGAAACCCCAUUCUCCGGAUCAGAAUGGAGGUGCCAAUGGCAAUUUUACGGUAACCACCACGGUUACCUUUUCGAUGGAGAAUGGUGGUGCGGGUGGAGCGGCAGCGGGAAAUGGUAAUGGAAAAUUCGUGGAGGUCACCACGCCAGCGUCCAACAAUCCCUUCAAUGCCCUGCUCAAUGGCCAGGCCAGCACUUUCCAGACCUUUGCCAAGCGCUUGUCGCCGGAGGGCGAGUGCAAGGAUACGCUUUCCUCGCAGGGAUCCUCCUCGAAUGACGGCCGCUGGCCACCGACGGCCCGAAAGCUCCUCACCACCUCACCCCUGACACCGCUCACGCCCAGCGGCGGCGGCGGCGGCGGCAGCAGCAGCAGUGGCGGCAAAUCCCGGAAGUCCCGAGCCGGCAAGGAGUCGCAGCACUACAAGGAGUCGGACAUCCUUGAGGCGCAGUACUGCGCCAGUGCGCUGAGCGACAAGAUCAGCGACUACGAGGACGUCUGGUCGCACGAUCCCAGCGAUCGGGCCAGCCUGCUGACCAGUUUCCGCCCGGCAUUGGAUUCGGUGGGCGGAGUGAUGAACCGAAGACCGGAUCUGCUGGCCGAGACUCCGAGCACUCCCACACCCACACAGCAGACGCACCUGUCGCCCUGCGAGGAGGAAAUCACUGCCACUACCACUGCCACGCCCAAUGAAACCUCCAGCCAAUCCCUGCUGCAGUUCUCCGGUGAUGUUCCAGCCCGCUCUCGAGCAGGACUGCUCCUGCCAAAUCUCUCCGGACCGGCUCCACCGUCCGCCAUGACUCAGUCCAUGACGGCGGGUGGCGAGGACGACGGUGGCGAUACCACACCCACGGCCGAGGGACAAACUCUCGCCGGCAGUCGCAGCAAGCAGGGCAGUCCCUUUUACGCGGAACCGGCGGAUGCACUGCGUCAGGCAGGCCUGACCAGUGCAGCCACCGCCAUUCUGCGACGCCAGCAUCGCAACCAAGUGCUGCACGCCAGCCAAAGACACUCGGAACCACUAAAAGCGGGCUUCGGAGGUACCGGCAAUGGGGCCCUGCUGCAGCCCAGCGAGCUGGAGAAGAUGGCCGGCAGCCUGGACGAGCUGAAGCCCAAGCCAAAGGUUUCCCAACAGCAUCAGCAGCAGCAACAGCAACAGCAUCAGCAUUCGCAGCAGCAACAGCCCACCAAGCGGGCUCGCAAUCUCAUCGAUCACUGGCAAUUGGACAGCAGCUGGGAGUUUAUGGCCAAGCAGGAUCAGGGAAGCCAUGCUGGCGGGGAUUACGAUGCGGCGGCCAUCGAUUGGCAGGAGAAGGAGAAUUCGCUGGGCAAGAAGCGAACACUGACCAUUCACCAGAUCAUCGCCAAUCGAUUGCCCGACCUCAAUCUGCCGGAGCUGGUGCGAUGCUCCACGCCGCCGCAAACGGCUGCACUGCAGCCGCAUGUCCAGGGACAGGAUAAAGUUGGACUCGGUUGCCGUCUCUCCUCCUACGACAAUGUCUUCUGCCAGAACUCGUUCGGUGGCAUCGAUUCGGCCCAGUCCGACGAUGGCACCAUCUUCUCGGAGCCCUGGGACUCGUCCCAGUGGGACUCCUUCCUGCCCCACGAUGACGCCACCAUCAACUCGGACACCAUCCAUCUGUCCAAGUGCCGACCCGCUCUUUCCGAGGACGACACAAUCAUUGAGGAACUACAAAGCACCAAAGACGGCAGCAAUGGCAGCUGCAACCAGGACACACUCAAGGCCAAUAGGAAUGGUGCUGGUCACCAGAAGAUCAACAAUAACGGCAAUGGCAAGGCCAACAGUCGACCCAAAGUGGCCACAAUUCUGCGGAACCCCAGCAUGCGGGAUCGUGAAGUCUUAUGUCACCCCCGCAACAAGAUGAGCAUCCAAAGCAGCGGCCCCGGCGACUCUCUGCGGGCCUACACCCUUCAACUGGCCCAGGAUCCCAGCUCCACGUUUGCCCGCAACAUCGAGAACUUCAUCUGUUGCACCAAGGAGUCCCGGGAGGCGGCACCACAGGUGGUGAUGCGCAACAUGCGCCAGUUUAUGAGCGGCAUGAAGAACUAUCUGGUGAAGCAUGGCGAGGGCAAGUUCCAUGCCGAACUGGAAACGGCCAGGGCGCGCUUGAAGUCCGAUGAGUUUCUCAAUCUGGACGCCAUGCUGGAGACUGUGAUGCACCAGCUGGUGGUGCUGCCGCUGCGGGAGCACCUGUACGGCAUCUUUGUGGAUCACUAUCAGCGCAGCGAGGAUAUCCAAUUGCUGGCGCAGAAUGUACGCUAUGCCUGCGAACGGGAGGCCGCCGACUUUGGGAUUAGGCCAACGGUUACCCCGCCCUCACAGGCCGCCCUGCGGCUAAUUGCCAACCUGCUGUGGCGCCUCCAGGAGGCCGAGUUGCCACUGGACAAGCUGGAGCUCUUCCUGUGCGUCAUCUCGACGGUGUUCGAUGCCACUGGGUGUCCGCGUGGCCAGCAGCUGGGCGCCGACGAUUUCCUGCCCGUGCUCGUCUAUGUGGUGGCCAAGUGCGGAUUCGUUGGCGCCGAGAUUGAGGCGGAGUUCAUGUGGGGCCUCCUGCAGCCGACUCUGCUAAAUGGGGAGCCGGGCUACUACCUAACCGCCCUCUGCAGCGCCGUCCAGGUGCUGAAGACCUUCAUGGCCUCCGAGGGAGAGAGCGGCAGCGGAUCCCUGGACUGGCGCUCCAGCUGCCUGCCCGCCUGCUCCAGUGUGCUGCGCGUGAUCAUUCCCGACGAGUGCAACGGAUCCCUGCAGACCCGGACCCUGCCGGUGCGACCCCACACGACCACCCGCGAGGUGUGCCGCAUUAUUGCGCACAAGGCGCGCAUCACGAAUCCACAGGACUAUGCCCUCUUCAAGCUGGUGGACGGCGAGGAGACGCUGCUGACGGACGCCGAGUGUCCGCAGGAUGCCCGACUGGCGGCCAAGGGGAAGCACUGUAUGCUGGCCUACAAGCGGAUCGAUGCCAAGAUCGCCUGGCCGACUGCCCAGCUGGCCGGACACUGAAUCAGCUGCCCAGGGGGUUUGCCCCCCCCCCCCCCCCCCCCCCCCCCAUUUACACACAUACGACAUACCGCCCCGCCCGCCCUGCCCUUCUUGCUCACUAACCAAGCAUAUUUGAUUAAUAAUUUAUUAUUAUUACAUUAAAAUAUACUUAGUAGCCUGUAAGUAAAGCUAAUUAAUGCUAAUUAGAAAACAUCUAAUGUGUACUAAACAUCAGUAUUGAGUUAAGUGUGUUUUUUUUUCCUGACCCUCCUCGGGUCAAACCCUUUUUUUUUGGCUAAUAAAAUGUACUAUGCGAAUAAUAUACAUAUA